ACAUGUUGACAGCCUUGGAAUGCAAUSUCGUACCCCGAGUCUUCGUCGUUUCUUGGUCUUCGUUUUCUUUUAUURAACAAAUAGCCCGUAAACCAAUCGGGUAAAUCUUGCAAAACCGUGAAGGGCUACCCCAUGCUGUAGGAGGAUUGCGUGACGUUUAUUGACAUGUUUGUAUAAAUCAGAACAUCGUCCGCCAUGUUUUUCAACCGUACAUGAUAUCGUCAUGAAGAAGCUGGUUACUUUAGCAUGAUUCAAUAUGUCAUCGCCCAAUUCAUUGCUCCUUCUAGCUGCAAUGCUGUUGUUGUUUGCAGUAGACAAGACAAGAAGCCAUCCACAAUGUCUCGAUUAUAAACCACCAUUUCAAGCCAAUUCAAAGCUGAAGUUUUGCUCUCAAUACACAUUAUUUGGUUGCUGUACAUCAAAGAAAGAUGACCAAAUUGCUGAACAGUUUACACAACAAAAAGCUAGAUUUAGACUUAACACUCGUCCCCAUUGCGAGAAGAUGUUGAAGGAAAUCCUUUGUCUUGAAUGUGAUCCUUAUGCAGCUCACAUCUUUANUGGAGACGGCACACAUCGACUUUUUAUUGCUGAACAAAUGGGAGUCGUUCACAUUUUGAUGCCAAAUACAAAACAAUUACAAAAGGUGACAUURCUUGACAUAAGUCACAAAGUUUUAACAUCAGAUAGGAAAGGCGACGAGAGAGGGUUUCUUAGUCUUGCUUUUCAUCCGGAUUACAGGAAAAAUGGUCGCCUUUUUGUUUACUACUCGACUCGAUUGGGUGAAUCUGACGAUAAAUCCGCAGACCAUAAAUCUGUGUUGAGUGAAUUUACCGUCUCAAACCUCAACCCGAACAGAGCUAAUCAUGACAGUGAGAAAAUCAUUCUGGAAAUACCUCAACCAAGAUCUAAUCAUAAUGGCGGACAGAUUUUGUUUGGAUAUGAUGGCAUGUUGUAUUUGACAUUAGGUGACGGAGGAUCUGCUGGCGAUCCAUUUGGCCAGUUUGGUAAUGGCUUAAAUUUCAAUCCCUUCGUAUACCAUCAUAGCGCAAGACCCGAAAUUUACGCGUAUGGCGUGCGUAACAUGUGGCGUUGCUCGUURGAUCGAGGAGACAAAGACGGACGUGGGAAAGGACGGUUCUUUUGUGGUGAUGUCGGACAGAAUAAAUUCGAAGAGAUCGAUUUAAUAGAGAAAGGCGGCAACUAUGGAUGGAGGGCUUAUGAAGCCAAUGAUUGCUUUGAUAGCAAGCAAUGUUAUUCACCAAAAUUGAGUAACGCAAUCUUCCCUAUUUUUGCGUACAAUCACUCGGUUGGCAAGUCUGUUGUUGGAGGUUAUGUAUACCGUGGAUGCCAGAACCCUAAUCUAUAUGGUUACUACAUAUUUGGUGAUACAUGGAGCAGUCGUUUCUUCACACUGAUCCAAAACAAAACUACAAGAAGAUGGGAUCACCGCGAAAUGUGCUUUGGAGACAAAUCAUACUGUACAGAUACACUGAAGGGAGAUUUUGAGCAGUUUGUCCUGUCAUUCGGUGAAGACGAAGCCGGAGAGAUUUAUCUACUAGCCGUACCUUCGCCAAAGGCAAAGACUCCUGUUGGUUCUGUUUAUCGUUUAGUUGAUCCAGCCAGGAGAGGGAAUCCCAGUGACUGCAAAAUCAAGCCCAAACCACCUCUCCCACUUACAACGCAACCUCCUAGUACCAAGCCCACCCGGCCAUGCACAGCUAAAGAUACGUUGACAGAUAUUUAUAAAGAUUAUGCGUACGGUACCAAAAGGUGUCAGAUGUAUAAGCAACGAGAUCCCAAGUGCCUUCGUUCGUGGUUUUACAAGAAGCAUUGUAAAAAGACUUGUGGAUUCUGUUAGCUCAGGCCUCGAAAUAUCUCGUCCAUAGCACRGAUAUAUGCAUAUGUAAUCAUGUCAUAGCCAAACAGGCAUAUAGAUAGGCAGCAAUCAAGAUAUUAUAUAAUCAUUAUGUAGAAGCAAUAAAGGUAAAAACACUGUAAC